CGAGAGACAAACAAUGAACUGGAACAGCCCGAUCUCGACAAACUAAAAAACUAUUACAGUAUGUGUUUUUUCCCUCGAUCGAUUACUUUUAGGCUUCGUCCUCAAUCCAGGGCAUCAGUGCUAUUCGCAACAUCGAAUGAUGAAAGCAAGAGAUAACAUACUGGUGGAUCAGAAUUGAAUCAAAGAGGGGUGAAGGAGAGUGAAUCUAGAUAAAUUAUACAAUGAAUUCGUCAUUGGUAGUCGCAUCCUCGGUUGCCCGCAGACUGCGACGAGCCUCGUCGACUUCCAUACUGACAGGUUGGGGUACAGCUGCUUCGACGGCUGUUGCAAGCCUGUCCACUUUCGGCAACGCGUCGCUCACAAGAAGCAGUGGGAAUGAUACCAUCGGCAGCAAUCAUCACGCUAACGCUGAUGUUGCUGCUGCACCAUGCGCGGUGCAACGUCGCUUCAUGGGGAGCGGAGGCGGAACCCGCGGUGCCCGAGGACACGGGUGGUGGGUAAACUACCGGGCGGGAAAGGGAGGUCGGCACCUGCAGGGAACCUACAGCCAUCUAGAUUUGGAAAGCAUGGAAAAGUGGAACGAUGCUGUCUUUCAGCUGGGCCGGCAACUGGCCUACCUGGACGUCAAGGUUGAGGCCCUGGUGGACGAGGACAACGAUAGUGGAGAAGACCAAAACGAACAGAGCCAGCAGCAACAGCAACAGGUUCACCGAUUGACGCUAGAACUGGCCUCGGAAGCAUUGCCCUUGGCCACGGACAAUGUCGUGAAAUUGCUACAAUCUUCCAACCUGGGAGAAAACGAUGGAUCGGAAGAAAGCCCCGGAUACCUCUCCUCGACCCUCCACCGGAUCGAGAAGGGCGUCGGCAUUUUGGGCGGUCUCGUCACCGAUAAUCCCAACCACAAUCCAAACAAUAUGAACGCCCCUUUGACGAAGCGAAGAAUGGGGCGCUGUCAUCCCGAUCACCGUAUGAGAACUAGUCAUACGGCCAUGGAUGUAUCUAGCGAAAAAUUAGUCCUCAACCAUUUGCCCGGAGUCAUCACCAUGCUCCAGCCACGGAUCGGAGAAAUCGACUCGCGGUUCCUGAUCUUGAGCCACAAUGCGCCCCACCUUGAUGGGGUGAGCGUUGCCGUUGGCCGGUUGGUGGACAGCCUGGAAAUCGUUCAGGAAUGGGAAUCCUCUCUCAUCACCUCACACGGGGUCCCGACCAACAUGGUCUUGCGCGUUGUUGGUUGUGGGCUUCUGGAGGAUGGUGACUCAAAGGCGACUGCUUCCAAGAACAGUAGCAGCAACGGUACUGAAGCCAGAGCGCAGCAAGAGUCGAUGUAAAUGGAAUAAAUCACUUAAUAGACA